AUGAAAACUAUAAUUCUUCUUGGGCUACUGGGAGCCACAAUGUCAGCCCCACUUAGCCCACAGCGCCUCAUGUCUGCAAGCAACAGCAAUGAGUUACUUCUGAAUCUUAAUACUGCCCAGCUUCAGCCACUGCAGCUUCAGGGCCCAUUUAAUUCAUGGAUUCCUCCUUUCUCUGGGAUUCUACAACAGCAGCAGCAAGCUCAAAUUCCAGGGCUCUCCCAAUUCUCUUUAUCAGCUCUUGAUCGGUUUGCUGGGCUGUUCCCAAAUCAGACACCUUUCCCAGGAUGGGUCAGUUUUGCCCAAGGAACCCAGGUGGGACAACAGGACCCCUCCCAGCCUCAAAGGUCACCGCAGACCCAGCAGGGACCUAAUCACGCUAUGCCCUAUGCAUUCUCCUUCAAAGCGCCUCAGGAGCAAGCACAGAUGCUUCAGUACUAUCCAGUCUACGUGCUCCUACCAUGGGAACAACCUCAACAAACAGACACACAAUCACCUCCACAAACAGGACAGCAGCAAUUUGAAGAGCAGAUGCCAUUCUAUACUCCAUUUGGAUAUAUUCCAGUACAAGCAGAACCUGUUAUACCAGGAGGUCAGCAGCAACUAGCCUUAGAUCCCUUCACAGACACAGUAUCUGAAAUUGUUGUGAUGCCGGCAGGAGUGAUACCAUAUUCACAAAAAGAAAUGAUAAACUUUAAGCAUGCCAAUGGAGGAAUUUUCAUUCCUUCUACUUCACAAAAACCCAGCCCUACAAGUGGUUUUGCUCCUGCUAUAGACCCAACCAUUACCCCACAUGUGAUGGAAAAGAAGGCCAAGACUGAUUACCAAAAGGAACCAUAAGAUGGUGUCUUAAUCAUUGAGAUAUUUUGAGAAAAAGAUGUGGCGAUACCUUGGAUAUCAUUUUAGGCAAUUUGCUUCCUCAAUACUAACACCAGUUUUUUGAAAUAUAUGAAAUGCUCGUCUCUUGAAUUUCUUUUUACUUAUAAGUAGCAGUGCACUCUUUAAAUAGAAAAUAAUACAAUCAUUUAAUAAGUCCUGUCUUUACAAAAUUAUAUUUCUUCUCAUAUAUCCUAUCAUUGAGUAAUCUGGAAAGUAACAACAAUAAGAAUAAAGCUAAU